UUUCAGUGCGCGCUGCCUCUCCUGUGACCCUUUGCCCCCGCUGCGGUCCUUCGGUGCCCGCUUCCCUCCCCGUGCCCCUUUGCCCCCGCCGUCACUGCCAGCUCCUGUCUGGGCAGCGCUGCUUCCCCUUCAUCCCAGCCCUGCAGCCCUCGGGGCUUUGGGCACCCCGGGCCCUGCUGCCUCCUCCCGUGUCCCAACCCUGGGAUGGCAGGGGGAGCUUCUCCAGAGCCCCCCCGGGAAGGGAGACCCGCAGCCCCCUGCCCGCUGCUCCUCCUUCCUGCUCAGGGCCCCGCAGAACGGCUGCAGCUCCAGCCCUGAGCUCACUUGGCUGCUCCAAGUUGCCCUGCUCUCUGGUUGCCCAGAGAGGUGAUGGGUGCCCCAUCCCUGGUGACAUUCAGGUCAGGCUGGAGUGGCUCUGAGCACCUGAUGGAGCUGUGCUGGUGUCUCUGUUCUUUGUGAGGGGGGUUGGACCAUCCUUUGGCUUCUAUGAAGGACCCUCCCAACUCCAACCAUCCUUUGGCUUCUAUGAAGGUCCCUUCCAGCUCUAAGCUCAAUGCGACUCCAUGAAGGUUCCCCUCCAACCUCAACCAUUCUCUGGUUCUGACCUGCAGGCCCCAGUGCCCAUGGCUCCGUACCGCAUCCGGCUGUACCGCGACGAAGACUACGAUGCCGUGCGCUCUCUGUUUGCCCGUGGCAUCAUCGAGCACGCCCCAGCCAUCUACAGGCAUAUGCUGCGCUCCACGCGGGUGCAGCUGGGGCUGCUGGCCCUGUUCACGGCCGUACGUGCCGUAGCUGGCAGCUGGCUGCUGGCGCUGGCAGCCGUGGCGCUGGCGCUGGCGGCCACCUGGCCCAUGAUGCGCUCCUUCAGCACGUCCUACGUUCAGGAGGCACUGAUCACUGAUCUCUGCGACAUCGACAGCAGCUACAUGCGGGCGCCCGAUUCCUGCUUCUGGGUGGCGGAGGCCGACGGGGCGGUGGUGGGAAUGGUGGCUGUGGCCCCGCCUCAGGACCCGGCACAGCGCGGGGAGGCCCUGGAGCUGAAGCGGAUGUCGGUCAGCAAGGAUCACCGUGGCCGUGAACGACGGCCGAGGGGCCGCAGCCGGCUCAGGGGCCGCCCCGUCCCAACCGCAGCUCUGCUGAAGAACCACGGCAGGAAGGAGAAAUCCCCCAGCGCCCGCCCGCUGCUGGAGAUCUACUCGGCCUCGGGGCUGCUCCUGGCCAGCGUCCCGUGGAAGAGUGGCCAGCUGGUGCAGCUGGGCUGGACAGCCAGUGAGGACCUGCUGUGCAUCCAGGAGGAUGGCACUGUUCUCAUCUACAACCUCUUCUGCGAGUUCAAGCGUCACUUCAGCAUGGGCAACGAGGUGCUGCAGAACCACGUGCUGGAGGCGAAGGUCUUCCACACAGAGUACGGCACCGGUGUGGCCAUCCUCACUGGAGCACACCGCUUCUCGCUGACCACCAACAUCGAUGACCUGAAGCUGCGCAGGAUGCCCGAGGUGCCAGGUCUGCAGAAGCCGCCCUCUUGCUGGGCUGUGCUGACCCAAGACAGAGUGACCAUCGUCCUGCUGGCGGUCGGCCAGGACCUGUACCUGCUGGACAACACCUCCUGCUCCGUGGUGACGCCCCCUGGCAUGAGCCCCUCCGCUGGUGCCUACCUGCAGAUGGCCGUGUCCUUCAACUACCGCUGCCUGGCACUCUUCACUGACACUGGCUACAUCUGGAUGGGGUUGGCCACGCUGAAGGACAAGCUCUGCGAGUUCAACAGCGCCAUCCGGUCUGCACCCAAGCAGAUGGUUUGGUGCACACGUCCCCGCAGCCGGCAGCGCGCCGUGGUGCUGGCCUGGGACCGGCAGCUCAUGGUGGCUGGGAAUUCCACGGAGUGCAUCCGGUUUGUCCUGGAUGAGGACUCCUACCUGGUGCCAGAGCCAGAUGGGGUCCGGAUCUUGUCCCGCACCUCCCACGAGUUCCUGCAUGAGAUCCCAGAAGCCAGCCAGGAAAUCUUCAAAAUCGCUUCCAUGGCACCAGGGGCCCUCCUGCUAGAGGCACAGAAGGAGUACGAGAAGGAGAGUCAAAAGGCAGAUGAGUACCUGAGGGAGAUCAAGGACCAGAAACUGCUCCCAGAAGCAGUGAGCCAGUGCAUCGAGGCAGCCGGCUAUGAGCAUGAGCCAGAGACCCAGAAGUCCCUGCUGCGGGCAGCCUCCUUUGGGAAGUGCUUCAUCGACAAGUUCCCCCCGGAGAGCUUUGUGCGCAUGUGCCAGGACCUGCGGGUGCUCAACUCCAUCCGGGACUACCAGAUUGGCAUCCCCCUCACCUUCACCCAAUACAAACGACUCACCGUUGAGGUCUUGCUGGACAGGCUGGUCCUGCGGCGGCUCUACCCCCUGGCCAUCAGGAUCUGUGAGUACCUGCGCCUCCCGGAGAUCCAGGGCGUCAGCCGCAUCCUGGCCCACUGGGCCUGCUACAAGGUGCAGCAGAAGGACAAGUCUGACGAGGAGGUGGCUUAUGCCAUCAACCAGAAGCUGGGUGACACGCCAGGCAUCUCCUACUCUGAGAUCGCUGCCCGAGCGUACGACUGCGGCAGGACAGAGCUGGCCAUCAAGCUGCUGGAGUACGAGCCACGCUCUGGGGAGCAGGUCCCACUGCUGCUGAAGAUGAAGCGGAGCAAGCUGGCCCUGAGCAAAGCCAUCGAGAGUGGGGACACAGACCUGGUCUACACUGUCGUGCUGCACCUGAAGAACGAGCUGAAUCGUGGCACCUUCUUCAUGACGCUGCAGAACCAGCCGGUGGCUCUGAGCCUCUAUCGCCAGUUUUGCAAGCACCAGGAGCGAGAGACGCUGAAGGACUUGUACAACCAGGAUGACAACCACCAGGAGCUCGGCAACUUCCAUGUCCACUCCAGCUACUCAGAGAAGCGCAUUGAAGGGCGGGUGGGAGCCCUGCAGAAUGCUGUGGAUGAGUACUACAAGGCCAAGAAUGAGUUUGCUGCCAAGGCCACAGAGGAUCAGAUCAAGCUCCUGCGGCUCCAGCGACACCUCCAGGAGGACUUUGACAAGCCCUACCUCGACCUCUCUCUGCACAACACCGUCUCCACCCUGAUCCAGGACGGCCACCACAAGAAAGCUGAGCAGCUGUACCGGGAGUUCAAGAUCCCCGACAAGCGGUACUGGUGGCUGAAGAUCAGUGCCCUGGCCACCCGCGGGGACUGGGAGGAGAUGGAGAAGUUCUCCAAGAGCAAGAAGUCGCCCAUCGGGUACCUGCCCUUCGUGGAGAUUGCUGUGAAGCACCACAACCGCUACGAGGCCAAGAAGUACGCACCCCGUGUCACCCCUGAGCAGCGGGUCAAGGCCUUCAUCCUUGUGGGGGACCUGGAGCAGGCGGCUGACGCUGCCAUCGAGCACAAGAACGAGACUGAGAUGAACCUCGUCCUGUCCAAGUGCUCUGCCACCACUGACGGCGCCGUGGUGGAGAAGCUGAACCGGGCUCGUGCCCAGCUCCUGAAGAAGUGAGCCCCAGUGCUCCCCUCCGUGCUGGGGGCAGGAGCUCAGCCCCCCCGUCCCGAGGUCAGGACCCUCGCUGAGGGCACGGAGCUGCUAGGAGGGGUCCGUGGCUGGGAGCGCUGCGGCGGCGCUGUGCUGUGGCUGCCUGCAGCCCCCUGCCCUCUCCUGCUGUCCCCCCUCAAUUCUUGGUCAAUAAAGAGCGAGAGCCUGC